UUCAGAGCAGUGCUUGUGCUUCCCUCGCCAGCACUUGUCCCUUCUCUGAAAGGAACACAAUAAUUACUCAUCACAAUUUACUCUCUCCGCUCAUCAAUCCCACACCAUUAAUAACCUGUUAAAAGCCCUCUCCGAAGAUGAACAACGAAAACGGCAACACGAAGGUCGUCCUGACGCGAGUAGUCGCGGCGUCGUCCCUGGUGCUCGUCGCCGCCGCCGCGGCGGAGUACUACCGCCGGAGGCCGAGAGUCAGCAAGCGACUCAUCCCGAGGCUGGACGAGGCGGCGACGGAGUCCGGGAGCGGCGGGAGGAAGGUUGAGAGAUUCUCACACUACGUGGCGAGGCAGCUAGGGUUCUCAGAUCCGAGCGAGUGCCCGCAGCUGUGCAAGCUGGCGUACGACUACCUGAGGAAAAUCGAGGGAUGCGAGGACAACAUCUACGAUUACUUCGCCAAAAGCGACGGCGGCGAAGGGGCGAAAUCGCUCUCCGGGAAGAUGGUGGCGGAACUCGAGAAAUGCAUCCUGAGCUACUUCGCUUUCCACUGGAACCACGCCGCUUCGAUCGUCUCUCAGGUGAUGAACGGUCAAUCGGAGAAGAAGCCGAAGCUCAAAAGCUUUGUAAUGGCUGCCACCAGGGAGAAAAGAUUUGAGAGAAUGAGCAGGAGCCUGAAGGUCAAGAGGGUCUUUUCCACCCUGGUCGAGGAGAUGAAAGCCAUCGGCAAAACCGAGUCCCUCCGGAACAAUGACGUCAUGGUUCCGGCGGCCCACAGCGAGAGGAGCCCCGUCCUGCUGCUCAUGGGCGGCGGAAUGGGAGCCGGCAAGAGCACCGUCAUCAAGGACAUCCUCAAAGAGUCGUUUUGGGGAGGCGCAGCAGCAAACGCCGUCGUAGUGGAGGCGGAUGCGUUCAAGGAAUCCGACGUUCUGUACAAAGCUCUCAACUCCAUGGGCCACCACGACGACAUGAUUCGAACCGCUGAACUGGUUCACCAAUCGUCAACCGACGCGGCGUCGUCGCUGCUGGUGACGGCACUCAACGAAGGGCGCGACGUGGUAAUGGACGGCACCCUGUCCUGGGAGCCGUUCGUGGACCAAACCAUCGAGAUGGCGCGUAACGUCCACAAACGCCGUUACCGGAUGGGGGUCGGCUACAAGGUCGAAGAAGACGGAACCAUCACCGAAAACUACUGGGAACCAGUUGACGACGACCAGGACGGCGGCCGGACGGGGAACGGAGGAUCGCCGUUGGCGAGGAGACCCUACAGAAUCGAGAUGGUCGGCGUCGUUUGCGACGCUUAUCUAGCCGUCGUCAGGGGAAUCAGGAGAGCUAUAAUCACUGGGAGGGCAGUGAGGGUGAAUUCCCAGCUGAAGUCCCACAAGAGAUUUGCCGACGCCUUUCCGAACUACUGCGAGAUUGUGGAUAAUGCCAGGCUCUAUUGUACAAACAGCGUGGGAGGCCCGCCAAAGUUGAUUGCGAGGAAAGAUGGGGACGACAAGAUGCUGAUUGACCCAGAGGAUUUCAAAUGCUUGAGCAAUGUGGCUGGGUUGAACCCGAGCGCGGAAUCGGUUUACGAGCUCUAUGGUAGCCCGAGCCCGGUUCAAGAACCCGGGUCGGUUUGGAGAGAUGUCGUCUUGGACCCGUCCAGGUCCAGCGUUCAGACGGAGCUGAAGACUGUUGUGCAGAGUAUUGAAAGUCCACUGGCAGCGGCCCAUUGAAAUACUAGGGGCUUUAUUGUUUUGAACCGUUCUUGAAAUGAAACGGCGAAGUUUGUUGCCACUCCUUGUGAAGUGAAGUGAAGAGAUGGGGAAGGUUUAGAAGUAUGGAAAUGAAAUUGUAAAUUUCUGCAACUGCAAUUAGCAAAUAGCUGUAGGCUGAAGAAACGACCAACCAUUGUAAUGCAUAAGCUCAUUUUUCUUGAUUGUUCGAUCUCAAGUCUUACGCUUCUCCAUGGGAAAGACACGGGGAAUAUGAGCAAAGUGUAAGAUGCAUAUGAAUAAUAUAUGUUUUGAGAAGAGAACAAUUGAAGCCUAGUAUUUCCUCAA